AAAGCAAUACCAGAUUCCUAUUGAACAGCACAAAUUUGUGAUAAAACAAAAUCGGAAAGCUGCGUCCGUUGGAUAUAUUUCACAGUCAGAACGACCACAACAAACUGUUGAAGGCGAUUGCAUAGCACAGCCCCAAGAUGUCCGACCGCAAGGCAGUCAUCAAAAAUGCGGAUAUGAGCGAGGAGAUGCAGCAGGACGCUGUGGACUGCGCUACCCAGGCACUGGAGAAGUACAACAUCGAGAAGGACAUUGCCGCCUACAUCAAGAAGGAGUUCGACAAGAAGUACAACCCCACCUGGCACUGCAUCGUGGGUCGCAACUUUGGUUCUUAUGUGACCCACGAGACGCGCCACUUCAUCUACUUCUACUUGGGUCAGGUGGCCAUCUUGCUCUUCAAGAGCGGCUAGAGCCGUGCAGAGCCAGUCAAAAUAUAACUCUACACUUGCCUAAUUGUUAUUGAAGCUGCACACACACACACACACACA